CUGCUGGCCCAGCCCCCUGCCGGGAAAACACGCUCAGCCCUCAGCGGGGGGAGCCUGCUCAAACCAGCUCCCACUCCCCUCUGCAGUGGUCGGCUCCCCUCCCCCACGACCCCACCAGCCCCCGACCUCACAUCCCAGGUCGUCUGUGCCUGCCCCUACGGGGGCCUAGGGCCCCUGCUAAGCUGAGACAUCCCCCUCCCCCAACCCCAGGCAGGGAGGGAGAGGACUUCCUGGAAGGGGUUGGGGGUCACUCUGUGGGGGAUUCCGGGGACCGGCUGCAUGGCCUGGGCCUGCGUGGCUGGGGCUGGGGCUGGGGGUGCUGGCCAGGGCCGGCCCGUGCCUCCAGGCUGGCACACUCUGGCCAAGGCCAAGCCCCUCCCUCCCCUCGUCCCUGGCCACACAGGCUGCCCGGCAAAUGGGGCAGCGGGUCACUCCUCUCUGUGACCUGGCCCCCCUGGCCAUUUCCUCCAAGACAGCUGGGUGGGAGGAUGGGGCAGCCCACGGAGCCCCCCGGUGCCCCGGCCACAGCUGGCACCACCACGGCGCUGCCGGGGCUCAUUCCAGACCUCGUGUCCAGGAUCCACUGGCCCCGCUGGGCACUCGUGGUCCUCGCUCUCGCUGCGGGAGCCCUCGUCCUCUCCUGCGUCCUCUGUGCCGUGUGCUGCUGCCGCCGCCGCCAGCGCCGCAGGAAGAAGCCGGGCGACAAGGAGGCCGUGGGCCUGGGCAGUGCCCGCAGCAGCACCACCACCCACCCGGUGCAGCCAGAAGUGGACGACCUGGAGUCAGGCCUGCAGCCAUGGGGACGCCUGCAGCUCUCCCUGGAGUACGACCCUGCAGCCCAGGAGCUCAAGGUGGGGCUGAGGCAGGCGGCCGCCCUGAAGGCCGCGGGCACGGUGGACUGCUACGCCCGCACCAGCGUCUCCACGCAGCCCAGACACAGGCACGAGACGAGGGUGCACCACGACACGCCGUGCCCCGUGUUUGAUGAAACCUGUCACUUCCACGUCCCCCGGGCCGAGCUGCCCCGCGCCUCCGUGCGGGUGCAGCUUUUCAACUUCCGGCGCUUCUCGGAGCACGAGCCGCUGGGCGAGCUCCUCCUGCCGCUGGGCAAUGAGGACCUGCAGCACGUCUUGGAGCGCUGGCACCAGCUGGGCCCGCCGGGCAGCGCCGAGCCUGAGCAGGUCGGGGAGCUGUGCUGCUCCCUCCGCUACGUGCCCGGCUCGGGCCAGCUGACCGUGGUGGUGCUGGAGGCCCGAGGCCUGAGCCCCGCGCUGGCAGAGAGCUUCGUGAAGGUCCAGCUCAUCCUGAACCGGAAGAAGUGGAAGAGGAGGAAGACCUCGGCCCGGAGCGGCACGGCCGCACCCUAUUUCAAUGAGGCCUUCUCCUUCCCUGUGCCGCUCAGCCAGGUCCAGGCUCUGAGCUCCAAACCUCAGCAUGGGAGAAAACGCAACAGGGCCAUCACGGCCCGGCGGCAGCACCUGAAGAGUGUGAUGCUGCAGAUCGCGGCCACCGAGCUGGAGAAGGAGGAGGGCCGCCGCGAGGCCGAGAAGCAGAACUACCUGGCCGAGCACUGCCCGCCCCUGAGCCUCCCCGGCUCCAUGGCCGAGGUGCAGGAGCUUUGCAAGCAGCUGCACGCCAAGAUCGACGCAGCCGAGGAGGAGAAGUACGACAUGGAGAUCAAGGUGCAGAAGAGCAGCAAGGAGCUGGAGGACAUGAACCAGAAGCUGUUCGACCUGCGGGGCAAGUUCAAGAGGCCCCCACUGCGGCGCGUGCGCAUGUCGGCCGACGCCAUGCUCAAGGCCCUGCUGGGCUCCAAGCACAAGGUGUGCAUGGACCUGCGGGCCAACCUGAAGCAGGUGAAGAAGGAGGACACAGAGAAGGAGCGGGACCUGCGCGACGUGGGCGACUGGAGGAAGAACAUCGAGGAGAAGUCCGGCAUGGAGGGCCGCAAGAAGAUGUUCGAGUCCGAGUCCUAGGCCGCCCGCGCCGGGGCUGGGGAGGGGGCUCCGGGGGUCCCCCCACCUCGUCUCAGUGCUCAAUAAAGGAGUCC